AUGAUCACUGGUACUUCCCAGGCCGAUUGCGCUAUCCUCAUCAUUGCCGCUGGUACUGGUGAGUUCGAGGCUGGUAUCUCCAAGGAUGGCCAGACCCGUGAGCACGCUCUCCUCGCCUACACCCUCGGUGUCAAGCAGCUCAUCGUUGCCAUCAACAAGAUGGACACCACCAAGUGGUCCGAGGCCCGUUUCACCGAGAUCAUCAAGGAGACCUCCAACUUCAUCAAGAAGGUCGGCUACAACCCCAAGCACGUUGCCUUCGUGCCCAUCUCCGGUUUCAACGGUGACAACAUGAUCGAGCCCUCCAGCAACUGCCCCUGGUACAAGGGUUGGGAGAAGGAGACCAAGACCAAGUCCACCGGAAAGACCCUCCUCGAGGCCAUUGACGCCAUCGACACCCCCACCCGUCCCACCGACAAGCCCCUCCGCCUGCCCCUUCAGGACGUCUACAAGAUUGGCGGCAUUGGCACGGUGCCCGUCGGUCGUGUCGAGACCGGUAUCAUCAAGGCCGGUAUGGUCGUCACCUUCGCCCCCGCUGGUGUCACCACUGAGGUCAAGUCCGUCGAGAUGCACCACGAGCAGCUCGUCGAGGGUGUCCCCGGUGACAACGUCGGCUUCAACGUCAAGAACGUCUCCGUCAAGGAGAUCCGUCGUGGCAACGUUGCCGGUGACUCCAAGCAGGACCCCCCCAAGGGUGCUGAGUCCUUCAACGCUCAGGUCAUCGUCCUGAACCACCCCGGUCAGGUUGGUGCUGGUUACGCCCCAGUUCUCGACUGCCACACUGCCCACAUUGCUUGCAAGUUCUCCGAGCUCCUCGAGAAGAUCGACCGCCGUACCGGAAAGUCCACCGAGGCCAGCCCCAAGUUCAUCAAGUCUGGUGACGCUGCCAUUGUCAAGAUGGUUCCCUCCAAGCCCAUGUGCGUUGAGGCUUUCACUGACUACCCUCCCCUCGGUCGUUUCGCCGUCCGUGACAUGCGUCAGACCGUUGCCGUCGGUGUCAUCAAGUCUGUUGUCAAGGCCGACAAGGCCGGCAAGGUCACCAAGGCUGCCCAGAAGGCCUCCAAGAAAUAA